UUUGCCUUAAUUCGGUUCAGCGAUGGAAAACCAGUCAUGCUGUGCAUUUCCAGAGCCAAUCUUGGACGUCACCCUGCCACCAGUGCUUAUAUUUGUGUUUAUAUUUGGUACCAUAGGCAAUGUAAUUGGCUUGUGGAUGUUCUUUUCUCUAAUGAAAACCUGGAAACCGAACAGCAUUUACCUGCUGAAUCUGGCAGUGGCAGACACAGUCGUCAUAUUUUGCCUUCCCUUCCGUGCCGAUUACUACAUAAGAAUGAAGAACUGGAUCUAUGGAGAUGCCCCUUGCAGGAUACUGCUGUUCAUGCUGGCUGCAAACAGGGCUGCCAGCAUCUUCUUCCUUACUGCCGUUGCAGUGGACCGUUACCUAAAGAUCGUCCACCCUCACAACAGAAUCAACAAGAUGAAUUUGCGGUACGCGGUGUGCGUUUCGUGUGGCCUGUGGGGGCUCAUCGUUGCAAUGACCGCUUACCUCCUCUUUGAACCGCACCUGUUUCUGCAGAACAACAGAACGCAAUGCGAGAGCUUCAACAUCUGCCCCGGCACUAACCCAUUAGCAAUGUGGCACAACACUUACUACGUGCUCCAGUUCCUCAUGCCUGUGUGCAUUAUCGCAUACUCUACAGCCCGCAUAGCCUGGCAGCUGAGAAGCAGUACAAUAGAUAAGACUGGCAAAAUCAAGAGAGCUGUACACUUUGUAAUGGUGGUUGCCCUUGUUUUCACCAUUUGCUUCAUCCCCAGCAGUAUGUCCAGAGUAGCGGUCUUUAUCCUAAAGUCUCAGUAUUCAGACUGCAGUUAUUUCAGGGAAGCCAACCUGGCUUUUUAUACCACGGUUUGCUUCACUUACUUCAACAGCUUGCUGAACCCAGUGGUGUAUUACUUCUCAAGCCCUGUAUUCAGUAAGGAGUUUAAAAUAGUUUUCAACCGACUUAUGGGUCGAACAUCUGCAGAGGAUGGUGAUCAGUCAACAGAAACAGGGACCAACUCAACCUCAACUACACACACCACUACUUAGCAAGGAUUCCUUCACAAUGAUGAAAGCAUUUGUGUGUGAACUAGGGGUGUAGAGAAUGUCAUCCUUUAAUAGAAUUAUUGUGAAGGUAUGUGUUGUAGCACAAUAAGGUAAAAUAAGCUAGUAGGUUAUGUUUUUUAAUUAAAAACAACAAAUGCAUAUUUUAAUGCACUUGUUUAAUCUUAUAUC